GGAGUUCUCGGUCGGGAAUGAGUUAACGUAGCUUGCGAUCCCAGGCCCGUCGCCUCCUCGAGCACCAGCGACCCCGCUUCUCGGAGGUGCGCCGCCGCCCAUCACUAGAUAUGGAUGAUACCCUGUUCCAGUUGAAGUUCACAGCAAAGCAGUUGGAGAAGCUGGCCAAGAAGGCAGAGAAGGACUCCAAGGCGGAGCAAGCCAAAGUGAAGAAGGCCCUUCAGCAGAAAAAUGUGGAGUGUGCACGUGUGUAUGCUGAGAACGCCAUCCGCAAGAAGAAUGAGGGAGUGAACUGUCUGCGCAUGGCCUCCCGUGUGGACGCUGUAGCCUCCAAGGUCCAGACAGCCGUGACCAUGAAGGGGGUGACUAAGAACAUGGCCCAGGUCACGAAGGCCCUGGACAAGGCCCUAAGCACCAUGGACCUGCAGAAGGUUUCCGCAGUGAUGGACAAGUUUGAGCAGCAGGUCCAGAACCUGGAUGUGCACACAUCGGUGAUGGAGGACUCCAUGAGCUCAGCCACCACGCUGACCACGCCACAGGAGCAGGUGGACAGCCUCAUCAUGCAGAUUGCUGAGGAGAAUGGCCUAGAGGUCCUGGACCAGCUCAGCCAGCUGCCUGAGGGCGCUGCUGCCGUGGGUGAAAGCUCUGUGCGCAGCCAGGAGGACCAGCUGUCACGCAGAUUGGCUGCCUUGAGGAAUUAGCUGAGCCCGGCCACGGAUGGCCUCCUGCCCCAGACAGCCCUUGAAGGGCCGAGCAGGGAGGCCCCUCGCCCCUGCGUCUUCUUUCUGCUGCCUGCAGCGGCCGCUGUCUCUCAGCUUCUCGUUCUUGGCCACACCGGCGGCUUGGGACUGUCCCUGUCUCAAAUCUGGUGGUGGGUCUGUGCUGGUGUGAGUUUGCACAAACUUCUGUAGGUGAUUGCUGUGACUUGGACUGACCACAGCUCCCUCGAGGGGGUGCCGUCACCCCCUGGCUACAGGUGCAGAUGUAGGUCAGCACUGGGCCAGGGCAGUGCAGCUGUCUCCUCAGGGGGCAGGAGACGCUGAGGAGACACAACUGCAUGUGCAGAGCGCCCUCAGCAGGUGUGGGCGUCCCUAAGUGCCACCAAACACCCCUCCUGGUGGCUUUUACAAAUGGAGUCCUCUUCCUCAUCACCAUUCCAGGGAGAGGGUCUCAGGUCAGACAAGACUCCAGGCCACCCGGUUCGUGGGGCAGAGCAGCCCGGACUGCAGUCUGGGUGUGUGCACCCGGUGUCGUCCACUGCACACCGUGCCUCAGGCCGGCCCCUUGGUAGGGUUUCAGGGCUGAUUCACGUCCUCUGGGCAGCCUGUGCCCGCUGCCCUAACUCGCCCAUGAGUGUGUGUGUGUGUGUGUGUGUGUGUGUGUGUGUGUGUGUGAGCUCCUUCUUCCAGGCACAGGCGUGGCACUUGUUCCCCCCAUGCCUGGGCACCAUGCCUGUUAUCCCACGAGGUUUCCCUCUCCCGUCACUGUAAAUAAUAGGGUCCCCCCCUUCUGGCUUCUCCUUCUUUCUCGGUUCAUGUCUGUCUGUCCCUCAGAAGCCAGGUAUGGCUCAUGAAGGGCACUGGGGGAAUGCGGCCCUUGGCCACAGCCGUGGGGACGCCCUGUUUGCCACAGUCGAGAAGCCAGCAGCCUAGGCUGCUGUUGCUGUUUUUUCCGUUUCUUGACGUUUACUUCAUUUUCUUGAAGCUUCCAGAGUUUUUCGUUUGUAUUUUUGCCAAAACAGAAGAGCAGGUGGCAGAUGGGGAGGCUGGGUCCAGCCUCAUGCAUGUGAGCCAUGAGGCUUCAUGAUUGUACCUGGGCAGAUGUGGCCCACCUGCAGCGGAGCCCUCAGGACCAGUUCCUCCCAGAGGCCUCCCGUCCAGCUGUCCUGCCACAGGCCUCUGUACAGACACACCAGAAGCCUUCCCCUAACUUACUGUCAGAUUCUUUCUUAGAUGGGCCCCCCAGUGGCUUUGCAGGAUUUGGGUAUUGAGAGAACAUGGGCGGUUCCCUGGGGUGUGUGGGGAAGAGACGUGGGCCCUGUGCAGGUGGGCCGUCCUUGUGGGGGAUGAGACGGCUCAACCCUGGGUGCCCCUUUGGUCGUCAAAGAGGAGUGGGCUUGUUUGCCACUUUUAGUUUUCUAAAGUCAGUGCUGCCAUUUCCUAAAAUGCAGCUGUAAGUGAAACAGAUCGGCCCCUGAGCACCUGCUCUGGCAUCGCUUCGGGGCCUCGGGUGGGUGGGAGCCCUAGGUGGGGCCCCCCAUGAGCCAUCCAGACCCUGUCCCUUUGUGAGGCCGAAGAGGUGGCCCUGGGCUGCUGUGAGGGGUGGGGGGUGGUUAUAGAGCCUCGGGCUCCAUCCAGAGCAACAGAAUCAGAACCUACUGUUUUAAAAUUUAUUUUUAACUUCACUUUGAAGUAGUUUUAAGCUUACAUUAAAGUUGCAAAGUACAGAGCUUCUAUGUGUCCUUUAGCCAGCUCCCCAAUGUGAACUUCUUGGUUAGCCAUCUAUGACAGAUGACACUUGUCAGUGCAGUGUCCGCCAGGACGCGUGCCAUUCCUUGUUGGGAUUGUGUUGGUGAGGACACCCAAAGAGUGGCCUUGCAUACGCAGGGUGCCGCAUGGGUUCAUGUGCCAGUGGGACUCAUUGCUGGUUACCUGGCCUGGGGCAUCCACUGGGAGGUCUCCUUCAUUAAGGGGUCUUUGGAGGGGUAUUUUGAAACAGUGUAAACACUAUCUCUUACAUGUUUCUCCCCUAAUGUGAUUGUUCUUCCCUGUGCAGUUAUUGUCGUGAUUUUCUGUGGAAUUGUACUGGAAGGAAGAGUUCUCCCCCCACCUGUUUGCCAUAUUUUUACAGAAAUAACACAUGCAUUAUACAUUGUUUGCCAAUCACACAA